UAUAAAGACAGUUUUCAGCAGUGUGUCAUAACUUACUGCUAGCCUACCGGUUUAUUGCAUAUCCCAGGACCAGAACGUACCUGCGUUAUGAAUUCUAAUUCUACGGAUGUAACGCGACACCACAGUCGCCUGUGUCCAAGCAACAGCGCACAAAAACAUUAGCGGAGCGCAGCGUAGAGUUCUUGACUGAAGGAAUUUAAACCCAAUCCAUUUCUUUUUUAAGUAUGACGCCGAGGAACAAUUAGUUGCUUCACAUAUAGGUUUCUCGAGCUAAAAUGUAUGGGCGCGCUCCUAGAGUAAUCUACCUGCCGUUAGGUAGCACGUCACCUGGAGUUGGUCCAGGAUCCUACGAUGCGCAUGAACAGAAACAUAAGAAAUCGGAUUGCUAUGCCCCGUUCCUGUCACUCUCUAACAGAGAGUCCAUAUUCACCAAGUCCGACAAUGAAAUAUCAUUGCCUGGACCUGGACAAUACGACAGCCCCCUUCCCAAAGGCAACAUCCUAGGUGGUCAGAGUCUUCAGAACCGCUCCAGGCGUUUUGAGGAGGUAGUAUCGGUGGUACCGGGCCCCGGGGCUUACGACGUCCUCCCGCGCCGCGGAAACCCCGCUCGGGCCGAGAGCGUACCGCCAGGGGGUAGGAGCCAAAGGGAGAGUGUGAGUAAGCGUCUGAAGUUUGUGGUGCAGCCAGACAUCCCGUCCAUCCCUUCCCCCGGACAGGCUCUGGGAUACGAGGAGACCAGCCGGGGCCUGCUCUGCCGACACACAGCCCCGCCCCAGGACCACACCCUAGGACCCGCCUUCUACACGCCUGCGACAGACCACAGCACCUCGCAGCGAUACAAAGGCGUCCAUUUUGGCCGCAUGACGGGGAAGAGGAUGGAGAUGAGGGUCUUGCAGGGACCAGGACCAGGAGACUAUGAACCUGAGAAGGAGACCACGGUGGAGUACGAGCACUUGAACAUGAGGAGGGAGCAGCACAGACGGGCGGAGCUAGUGAUCCCUCGCUACCACGACAUCCUGCCCCUGCAGGAGGAGAAAAGGGGGGUCCCAGGGCCCGGCCAGUACCACAUCAAGAGCCAGUUUGAGAAGACCUCCAGCCCCUACACUACCUCCAGCCCGCCCUUCCUCUCCCAGGCCCAGAGGUUCUGCCCGGUGAAGGAGAGGGCGCCCCCUCUGGGCGUGUAUGACGACCCGCGCUGUGCCCUGGAGCUGCUGAAGAAGACCACAGGGAUGAAGAGGAGCCCCUUCGGUCUCACCGCCGUACGCUUCUCCCCCGGCAACCACAGAGACGACUCACCUGGCCCGGGGUCCUAUAACGUGUUUGCGUACGGUCUGGCCCGGGACAGCCUCCGCAGGGCCUGCCUGGACAGCAGCAGGAAGGGAGCCUUCGGCUCUGUAGCACAACGCAGUCCCCCCUUCCACAUCAGGCACGAGGACCAGCCUGGGCCUGGCCAGUACAAGGUGGAAGAGAAGACAGAGGAGUUCUACAAGAAGAAACACACUGCUGUGUUUAAGUCUCUGACUGAGCGACUUACCAUGCCACUGCUGGCUAAACCUGGGCCUCUGAAGAAGGAUCUCUGCAACGUCUUCCUGAAAGGAACUCCUGCUUGA